GACAGCAGCGGCCCCGGCUCGGCGGCGGCGGCUCUACGGUGCGCGCUGAGCGGUCGCCGCGGAACCAACGCCGGGCCCUGCGAGUCCCCCUGCGGAGGAGGAGGCAGCGAGCUUUCCCUGGGAGGUGCAUGUUUUUAGCAGUGACAAGAUGACAAUCCAUAUUUUUACCAAAGGAUCCAGUGAGUCAUCCUAUUAACUCUGCUGAAAUACAUGCUUGCCAAUCGUCCUGCUACGUUAGCCAACCUACAUCACAAUGACUGAGGACUUAGACCACAGGUUCAGUAGUCUCACUUGGGAUCAGAUUAAAAUCCUGGAUCAAGUUUUAGCAGAGGUAAUACCCAUUCAUGGAAGAGGGAAUUUUCCUACACUGGAAGUAAAACCGAAGGAUAUAAUUCGUGUUGUUAAGGAGCAGCUCAUUGAAAACAAGAUCAACAUCCGAGAUAUCCGCCUGAAUGGUUCAACAGCUAGCCACAUCCUAGUGAAGCAGAAUGGAACAAGCUAUAAGGACCUAGACAUCAUUUUUGGGGUGGAACUUCCAAGCGAGCUUGAGUUUCAGGUUGUUAAGGAGGCAGUUCUUAAUUGCCUAUUGGACUUUUUGCCAAAAUGUGUUAAUAAGGAAAAAAUCACUGCCCAGACUAUGAAAGAUGCCUACGUGCAGAAGAUGGUCAAGGUCUCCAAUGAUCACGACCGCUGGAGCCUCAUCUCCCUGUCCAACAACAGCGGGAAGAACGUGGAGCUCAAGUUUGUUAAUUCGCUCAGGCGACAGUUUGAGUUCAGCGUGGACUCCUUCCAAAUUGUGCUGGACUCCAUCUUAAAUGUUUACAGAGAAACAGACUGCAAACUGACAGAAGACUCUCACCCCACUAUUAUUGCAGAGAGUAUGUAUGGAGACUUCAAUGAAGCAAUGGACCAUUUAAGAUACAAACUGAUUUCCACGAGGAACCCUGAGGAAAUCAGAGGAGGUGGCCUUCUGAAGUACAGCAAUCUCCUGGUUCGUGACUUUAAGCCAGCAGAUGAGGCUGAAAUUAAAUCUCUGGAACGUUACAUGUGCUCCAGAUUCUUCAUUGAUUUUCCAGAUGUUGCUGAACAGCAAAGGAAAAUUGAGUCAUAUCUGCGCAACCACUUCAUCGGGGAAGAAAAAAGCAAGUAUGACUACUUGAUGACUCUGCGUGGAGUUGUAAACGAGAGCACAGUCUGUCUCAUGGGACAUGAGCGAAGACAAACUCUGAAUAUGAUUACAAUUUUGGCUUUAAAAGUCCUCGGAGAACAAAAUAUUAUCCCAAAUGCAGCUAAUGUAACAUGUUAUUAUCAGCCUGCUCCGUAUAUCAGUGACAGAAACUUCAGCAAUUAUUACAUUGCUCAUGGACAGCCACCUAUCAUCUACCAGCCAUACCCAUUUCACAUACCAAUGCAAAGCGGCAUGGUUUAGGAACACAGUAACCUUCUCAGCACUCGCACCCCUCUCUUUCCAGUUCUCUGCGUAAUAAAGGCCUCAUUCAACCAA